AACAACUAUACGACAAAGAACCUUUUUCCUGUGGCUUUUUUCUUAAAAUUUUAAUUCAGUUAAAAAAUAUGUUAAGUCAAAGUGGUUUUGGCCCAAAGGAAAACCAACUCAAAAGUAUCUUUGGCAAAAUGCCGCUUGAACUUAAAUGAUUAAUUGACUGAUUAAACAUUGAGUGACUUUGGAUGCUAGACAAAUUUAAAGAAUGCAGCUCAAUUUAUGCUCUGAGAAACAGAAAACUAACAGCAAGGAUAUAAAAACACAAGGGAAAAAAGUUACAUUUUCCCUACAGAAAACAAUGGGAGGCCCUAAAGAAAACAUUAAGGAAGCCAGCAACACAACAACAACAGUUUCAACAAAAAUGGAAAAACCAAGUUUAGCUUUGAAAAUUGAAAAAGCUCAGAAUAUAUCAAAAAAAUAUAAAAACAAAAUAUGCGAGAUUGACAGUAAAAUAUCUAAUAAACUUAACGUAAUGGAAGAGUGUACUCUGGCCAGCCGAGAAAAACGAGGGAGUAUCGCAAGGAAGCAUAUCCGUUUAAGAAAUAUGUCGAAUUUUUCGGAUGUCUAUGACACUCUUAGUGAUACAGGCAAAGAUGUUUUGGCAUGUUCAAAUUCGACUUGUGUGAGCAGUAUUGUAUUUGGAAAUACAGCAUCAAACAAACUUCGGAACUGUGAGACUGUGCUUGAACAUGCAAAGGACUUCUUUAAUCAAUACUUUACGUCUAUCAAUAGAUACAUGACCAAUGCUCACACAUCACGUUGGGAACAAGUUCAGAAAAUGGUGAGAAAUCAUGGCCAUUAUCAUUUGACCGAAACUGAAUUGAUUUAUGGCGCAAAAUUAGCAUGGCGUAAUUCCUCACGAUGUAUUGGACGCAUACAAUGGUCUAAAUUACAGGUUUUUGACUGCAGAUAUGUAACAACUACAAGUGGAAUGUUUGAAGCUAUAUGUAAUCAUAUAAAAUAUGCCACAAACAAAGGAAAUAUAAGGUCGGCUAUUACAAUAUUUCCUCAGAGAACAGAUGAUAGCCAUGAUUUUCGAAUUUGGAAUAAUCAACUUAUAUCGUAUGCAGGCUACAAGCAAAAUGACGGCAGCAUUAUAGGAGAUCCAAUAAAUGUUGAAAUUACGGAGAUUUGUUUGAAACUUGGAUGGAAAGGGAAACAGACCGAAUGGGAUAUUUUGCCGCUAGUGGUUUCAGCAAACGGCCUUGAUCCAGAUUACUUUGACUAUCCACCAGAGCUUAUAUUACAAGUUCCAAUAGAACAUCCAAAUUUCAAAUGGUUUGCUGAUUUAAAUCUACGAUGGUAUGCGCUUCCUGCUGUAUCCGGUAUGCUCUUUGAUUGUGGCGGAGUACAAUUUACCGCAACAGCUUUUAGUGGGUGGUACAUGUCUACAGAAAUAGGUUGUAGAAACUUAUGUGACGUAAAUCGACGUAAUAUGCUUGAGAAAGUCGCUGUUAAAAUGGAAUUGGAUACACGAACUUCUUCAUCUCUAUGGAAAGAUAAAGCCUUGGUGGAAGUUAACAUAGCAGUACUUCACUCAUUUCAAAGUAAAAAUAUAACAAUAGUAGAUCAUCAUACAGCGAGUGAGAGUUUUAUGAAACAUUUUGAAAAUGAAUCAAAGAUAAGAAAUGGUUGUCCUUCUGAUUGGAUAUGGAUUGUUCCGCCGUUAUCUGGUUCAAUAACUCCUGUGUUUCACCAAGAAAUGGCACUUUAUCACCUGAGACCUUCAUUUGAGUAUCAGGACGCGGCAUGGAAAACCCAUAUCUGGAAAAAAGAGAAAUAUCAAGGAAAAUCUAAAAAGCCGCGCAAGAAAUUCAACUUUAAGCAAAUUGCAAGAGCCGUUAAGUUCACUUCAAAGCUAUUUGGACGUGCUUUAUCAAAACGUAUUAAAGCAACUAUAUUGUAUGCUACAGAAACAGGAAAAUCCGAGCAAUACUCGAAAAAACUUUGUGAAAUUCUAGGACAUGCUUUUAAUGCACAAACUUGUUGCAUGUCAGAUUACGACAUAUCAUUCAUGGAGCAUGAAGCUCUUCUAAUUGUUAUUGCAUCAACUUUCGGAAAUGGUGAUCCGCCGGAAAAUGGGGAGGACUUUGCCCAGGAGUUAUACAAAUUGCACCUGAAAGAAUCAUCUCUAAACGAAAAUACUGAGCAAAAUAUUCAAGUGAGCUCGUCAAAAUCAUUUAUAAAAGCAAAUUCAAGAAGUGAUUUUACAAAGCUGCAGCAAAAUCAACUUAAAAAAAUACGGGGAUGGAGAUCUUUACGUGAUUCAACUACGGAAAAAUUUACCGAAGACACAAUUGGUCCACUUUCUAACGUCAGGUUCGCAGUAUUCGGCUUAGGUUCAUCAGCAUAUCCAAAUUUUUGUGCAUUUGGCCAAUACAUGGAUAACAUUCUCGCAGAACUUGGUGGUGAGAGAAUUUUACAAUUAGCUUAUGGGGACGAAAUAUGCGGCCAAGAACAGUCUUUCAGGAAUUGGGCACCAAAAAUAUACAAGAUGUCAUGCGAUAUCUUUUGCUUGGAUGCUGACGAAGGCAUAUCAGAUAUAUGCUUACUAUCACAAAAUGACUCACUUACUAUCAAUACAGUCCGGUUGGUGCCAAUAAAAUGUGACGAAAAGUUGGAGGAUUCUCUAAGCAAAUAUCACAAUAAAAAAGUAGUACAAUGUUCUCUAAAGACGUCACCAAUUAACCUUACCAAUUCAAACGAGAAUGAUAAAACAACCAUCUUACUACGGAUUUCUACUCCAAAUAUCGAAUAUGAACCUGGCGAUCACUUGGGCAUAUUCCCAAUUAACAAUUCUGAUCUGGUGGAGGGUAUCUUGAGCCGAUUAUCUGGACUUGAUGAUCCUGACCAAAUUGUGCAACUACAAAUUCUCGCUGAAAAACAAACUCCAAACGGAAGUUUCAAAUGUUGGGAGCCUCACAAUAAAAUGCCGGUGGAUACAAUAAGAUCUAUGUUGCUGCGAUUCUUCGACAUAACAACUCCACCAUCUCGUCAAUUGCUAAUUUUCUUAUCUAAUUACUGUACAGAUAAGGUUGAUGAAGAAAAAAUUCUUAAACUUAUAAACGAUACGUCAGCUUUUGAGGACUGGAAGCAUUGGAAACUCCCACAUCUCUUAGAAGUAAUGCAAGAAUUCCCAUCGUGUAGACCACCAGCAGCUUUGUUCCUGAUUAAUCUGCUUCCAUUGCAACCAAGAUUCUACUCAAUUUCAUCCUCUCAGAAGAAAUAUGAAAACGAAAUCCAUAUCACUGUAACUGUUGUUAAAUAUCAGUCAGAGAAUGGCACAGGUCCUGAACGCUUUGGAGUGUGCUCGAAUUAUUUGCUAAGAUUGAAGGAAAAGGACAAAAUAUACAUCUUUGUUCGAAGUUCUCCAGGUUUUCAUCUUCCAGCAGAUAUCGAAAGUCCCUUGGUUCUGAUUGGACCGGGAACUGGUAUAGCUCCGUUUAGAUCAUUCUGGCAACAUUUAGAGGUAUUGAAAGAAAAUUCGCCUAAUCAAAAACUACCAACUACAUGGUUGUUUUAUGGAUGCCGAAGCUUGAAGUACGAUUUGUAUGCUGACGAAAAAGAAAAACUUAUACAAAGCAAUAUUUUGUCUAGAGUCUUCCUAGCUCUUUCAAGAGAACCAAACAAGCCCAAGACAUAUGUUCAGGAUCUCUUAAAACAAGAGUUUGAAAGCCUGUAUGUUCUUAUCACACAGAAAAAGGCUCAUAUAUACGUGUGUGGAGAUGUCACAAUGGCCGAAGAUGUUUAUCAAACCAUAAGAAAAUGUAUCGCUAAUAUUGAACAAAACACUGAAAACGAGGCGGAAAAAAUUAUGCUUUCACUUAAGGAUGAUGAUCGCUAUCAUGAAGAUAUAUUUGGAAUAACAUUGAGGACAGCAGAAAUUCAUACUAAAUCUAGAGCUACAGCAAAAAUAAGAAUGAAGUCACAGCCAAAAAUAUAAACUCUAACCACAACUCAACUUAAAUAUUCGAAACGUUUUUUUCUGCACGUGUUUUCCUCAUAUUAAUAUUUUUCAUAGAUUGUUCCUACUUAUUAUAAAAUAUAUAAAAUAAAUUUAAGAAAAUAAAUACUUGCACUCAUACAAACAUUCAUCUGUAAGGUUCUGACAUAUUAAACAAUUUAACUUUUUGCUCUACGAAUAUAAAAAUAAAAAUAAAAAAAGGUUAA